AUGGAGCGAUUCGGGUUGAUUUGCACCGCCGUGCUGUUUGUAGCAUUAAAAUUGUCUGCCAGCGCAGCGAACGAAAGCCGCCGUAUUGAUAUCGAGUUUUACGACGUACGGACGAACCGUAUCUUCAAAUAUCCUACCAUUUCGUUGCGCCCGUUUCCAACGAAUCAGCCCAAAUUGGCGAUACACGAUAAUCGCUGCGAGUGCGAGACGCUUGUUUGCACGUGCUGCCUUGGCAUACGUAUGGAGCGGUUAAACUUCGAUCGAACGUUUUGCAGCUCGUUCACCUACGUGCCGUACGAUUUUGCGAUCGAUCUGGAGGUGUUCAUGGACGAAUCGUCUAUCUAUCGAAAUUCGGUAUCAGCCAAAAAUCCACCACCCUUCUGCCUGCCCGUGCCCGUACCGUAUAUACCGCUGAACGCAAACCUUUGCCUGAAACUGUUCGAUAUCUACACGCCACGCCAGAAUCUGCACAUGUGCCUGGACGUGGAGGCACGUGUGUGGACCAAUCCGCUGCUGAUACUGCAUUUCGAAUGUAUGCGCAUGGGAGCGGAUGGGCUAGUGUGGUUAAAACCGACGGACGGUGAUGGUUUUGGGCCGUUGCCGGCUGGAACGACCAUCGACACCUACGACGAAGUGAUGGAAGAAAGACUCAGUACAGUUUAA